AUGGCCCCCUUCAAACUACGACGACUUGGAACCAUGGCCCAUCACAACAAAUCGGAAUCGUUCGAACCUCUAGAGACGGUGUCAGAAUGGCUACCUAAAUCCAAAUUCUUCAAAGCGCUGACCACACCAUUCGACUACAUACCCAUGGAAUCCUUGAAAUCUCUGAAACGAAAUUCCAAUGGCGAGGCCUGCCCCCCAAUGGCCUCUCAUAUCAAGACAGCUCGCGGCAGGGGGCACUAUUCCAUCCCUAUCUGGACUAGCGGAGGACCUUGGAAAUGGGCACACGGCCUCCCUCUUGUCGACAGUCGAAUCAUUUUUGCAGCCGAACCCCACCCUUUCAAUCACACCAAGGAGUGGUAUGGCCUGGGAUUUCUCGGAGAUGAGCUCCUUCAAUUUAUGUGUAGGACGUGGGAUUUCCAGUCAGAAGGCUCUAUGGCUAGGUUCAUUGCCGACGUGGCGUUGAACAAAGCCCUUUUGUACCCUCUUCACGGAAAAUACGUCUCGACUAUCAUCGGCAUCUACGCUGGAAACGAAACUGCGCAUGUUGUUACAGAAGUCCCACAUCGACGAUUCUGGGUUGCAGCAUCUCCCGACAUGCCAGAAGCCCUGAAGAGACGCUGUAUCGAAGCCUAUGAGCACCUACACUCCCGUGGGAUUCUUCAUGGUAACGUUGGUUUGGACAAAAUCGCCAUUGGGGGAGAUGGCCGGGUCACGCUCCUCGACUUCAGUCAAGCCAAAGCCAUCGAGCCCGUUCGGGACUGUUAUAUGGCGAUGGCAAACCCAGGGGAUUUGCGGAUGGAGCUAAGAAAGGUGAAAUGCCUGCUGAACUUCCAGGAUGCCGUGGAGAAGGAGAGGGACAAACACAAUUGGCAAUACCAUAGGACCUGCUGGAAUUCCGAAGAGCAAGAAAAACAGGACAUCGAUCCAAACUAUGUUCCCGACCUCCAAGAUAUCCCAGAAGAGGAACGCCUCGAUCCACCUGUCGACGUCGACCUCGAGGGGUGGGUGGCUGGCCCAGACUACAUCCCGGACAGGUUUGUUGUACCUGGAACAUCUCCUGAACAGUAUGCCAUUGCCGUUGGAGAGUUUUACCGCCUGGCCCUGGAAAUGGAGGAGAAGGACAAAACACCAACCUCUUCCCCUUCCUCUUCCUCAUUUUCGUCUGGGAGCACGGCCCCUAGUCCCUCCUGGACAUUGCGUCAGGCGGCAGCACAGAAUCUGCAGGCAACGGAGCAACCCAGUCUAGCUGAAACGACUGCCGAGUCCCGAAAGCGCAAGGCCGGCUCCACAGAAAGCGAAUCCGAAACCCCAUCAAAAAGAAUGCGGACUCUGGGAGCCCAUGAAACCGUUGCAGCGGGACCAAGUCGGAUAGUGGCUGAAUCAAGUCACUCUCCCGGUAUCCUCAAAGUUACGGCCAGUAUCCAUCCUUCGAUAAUGCGUAACAAUCUCGACCACGGAAUGCCCAUGAUCAAGGUCAUAGACUUUGCACAUCACAUCCCUCCCCCUCGCGCCCGAGUCCCUAAUUCCCUGGAGGAAAAAGACUCGCCUUCAACACGAUCCCCCCGUUCAUCAUCAGAGAAUCGCAGGCCCCCUCAGAAAAGAGUUGCGUUCUCUGCGGGACGUGAUACCGCGUUCAAGCGCUACAAGGUUCCACGAUCGAUGUGGCAUUACUCAGACAUCCAGCUGCGACGAGAGACCAACAAGAGGCUUCGGCGAAUUGGGAGUGGCCCGAGGCAAAAAUCACUCGCACUCCAAGCUUACGAGCUGCGGAAGAAAGUUCUGAUAUCCCACUCUGUCGAGCGCCGCAUAUCUGCAAGGCUACAGGCAAAGCGGGAGCGGGAAAGACGGCCAUCCGUAGUAGAAUCUCCUUCGACAGGCCCGACUACAGCAUCCUUGCAAGCAUUCUGGAGGUGGUUGAGUGACACGGGCUCCAGGCUUACGACGUAUUGA